UCUCUAACGCCCAGCUGGUUUCGGGGACCUGGCUAGUCUGGGCAGCCUGGGCAUGGGCUCUGCUAACUUCAUGGAGCUGCAGCAGCAGAUGCAGCGUCAGCUCAUGUCUAGUCCGGAGAUGCUGUCCCAGAUCAUGGAGAACCCGCUGGUGCAGAACAUGAUGUCCAACCCAGACCUCAUGCGCCAGAUGAUCGUCGCCAACCCCCAGAUGCAGCAGCUGAUGGAGCGCAACCCCGAAAUCAGCCACAUGCUCAACAACCCUGAGCUUAUGAGGCAGACGAUGGAGUUGGCGCGGAACCCAGCGAUGAUGCAGGAGAUGAUGAGGAACCAGGACAGGGCGCUCAGUAACCUGGAGAGCAUACCAGGGGGCUACAACGCGCUGCGCAGGAUGUACACAGACAUACAGGAGCCCAUGUUCAGCGCGGCCCGGGAGCAGUUUGGUAACAAUCCCUUCUCUGCACUGGGAGGGAACGCGGAAGGAUCAGGAGUCCAGCCGCAGAGGACAGAGAACAGGGAGCCCCUCCCCAACCCCUGGGGUCCCCCCGGCACUGCGGCCCCCACAUCGAGCACAGAGGGAGAAGGGGGCACCACCCCCACCCCCCAGAGCGGGACCACUCCCAGCAUCUCCAACCCCCUGGGCAUCAACUCAGCCAGCCUGGGCAACGGCAUGUUUAACAGCCCUGGCAUGCAGAGCCUGCUGCAGCAGAUCUCAGAGAGCCCUCAGCUCAUGCAGAACAUGCUGUCGGCUCCCUACAUGCGCAGCAUGAUGCAGUCCCUGGCACAGAACCCCGACUUCGCAGCGCAGGUGAUGGUGAAUAACCCCCUGUUUGCCGGGAAUCCACAGCUUCAGGAGCAGUUCCGACACCAGCUCCCGGUCUUUCUACAGCAGAUGCAGAAUCCUGAGGCGCUCUCUGUGAUGACAAACCCCCGGGCUAUGCAGGCUCUGCUCCAGAUCCAGCAGGGGCUCCAGACACUGCAGACGGAGGCACCAGGGCUCAUGCCAAGCCUCACCCCCGGAGGUUUGCCGACAGUCCCCCUGCCCACAGGUGGCAGCGUGGCCCCCGAGAGCCCGGCGUCCACAGGGACGGGCUCCACCACUGGCCCCUCCCCAGCCGGCGGCCCCCCCAGCUCCCAGCAGCAGCUCAUGCAGCAGAUGCUGCAGAUGUUUGCGGGAGGCAGCGGUGCAGCGGUACGGAGUUCAACAUUACAAAUAUGCAGCUUAAAUCAGGACUGCGUUAAGCAUGUCUGUCACACUCAAGAGCACUGAAUUUAGAAGUACUGA